CAACACUAGUCAUAAGCUAGAUCGGCUCCACGUAAAUAAAGUUUUAAAGCAUUUCGCGGAGGCAAACAAGUGAACGGUUUAUUUUAUGGCUGUAGGUCAUAUAGCUGAACGUGGACGUGGAAAUAGCAGUUACCUAGUCUUGGAGGAGUCGGAGUCGGUGGCGGAUGAGCAAUGGGCAAGGAUCAACAUUUGCUGGAGGCAUCCCGUGGGGGCGAUAUCAAGACGGUGGACAAACUGCUGGAUCACUCGAGCAAGCGACAUGGUCCCUUGUCCAGCUUUCGGCGCAGCCCCAGCAUAAACUGUCAGGACAUGAAUGGCUACACCUCCCUGCACCAUGCUUGCCUAAAUGGCCAUGGGGACAUUGUGCGGCUACUUCUCGCCCACCAUGCCCUGCUGGAUGUCCCCGACAUUCGCGGCUCCACGCCCCUUUUCCUGGCCGCCUGGGCGGGGCACCAGGACAUUGUGAAGAUGCUGCUGAUGCACACGCCCACGGGCGCGAAUCCCAAUGCCCAGACCAUCGAAAACGAGACACCGUUGCAUUCGGGUGCCCAGCAUGGACACAAUGCCGUGGUAGCCAUCCUGCUGUCCUACGGCGCAGAUCCCGCCAUACGCAACAAUAGCUUCCAAACGGCCUUGGACUUGGCCGCCCAAUUUGGCCGCCUGCAGGUUGUUCAAACUCUGCUACGCGUUUAUCCUGACCUCAUAUUGCCUUACAAAAGUUUGGGGUCGGACGACGAGGAAGAGAAGCUUCUGGGCUGCUUGCCCAUUAAACACAUCUUCACGCACACCUGUUUGCAUCUGGCCAGUCGAAACGGCCACAAGAAGGUAGUGGAAACGCUGCUCGCCGCCGGCGUCGAUGUUAACAUACUCACCCACGCGGGAAGUGCCCUCCACGAGGCGGCCCUCUGUGGCAAAAAGUCCGUGGUGCUCACUCUGCUCCGGGCUGGAAUCUAUGUGCAUGCUACCGAUGGCAACGGACGCACCGCCCUGGACAUACUCUCCGAUUAUCCGCCGCAUGUGACCUACGACAUUGUGGCCGCCAUCAAUGAGUUCACCCAGGCGGCGAGGGAACGGCAGAAGCCAGUUGCUGUGGAAAACGGCACACAGUCGUUGCCGAAGCGGCUGUUCGAGAAGAACUCGCAGCGCCAGAAGCUGCCGCCAAGACAGAGGAAAAAGCAACAAGAUCACCAAGUCAACAACGGACUUUCGCACUCUUUAAGCUCGCUGGACGUUUUCGCCAAGGCGCCAGAGAACUACCUGCAGAUGAAGCCGAUUGUGCAGCAAAAGUCCUGCGACGAAUUAAAUGCCACGGAUCUGUGGGCCAACUACAAGCCGGUGUACAAGCAGCACAUCCUUCCCAGCUUUCGCACUUGCAGCGACAUCUCCAACGGAUCGGUUCCCUCGAGGUCGUACGAGUACAUUAAUUUGCUGAAGAACGGCUCCACCAGCGACGAGAACUCCGCCAGCACCAGUAACAACUCUGCGGUGCGUCAACAAGCGGUGGCUUCGUAUGUGGAGAUGACGUUGCCAUCGCCACCGGUUCCCAAACCACGCACUCGAAUAAACGACGAAUACAACGACUAUGCGAAUCUGGUGCCCGUAGACGAAGGCAGCUGCGUGGCAGCUGUGUCUGUGGAUAAUAACAAUAACAGCAAUGGUAAUGCCACCGGCAAUGGCAAGAAAUUGCGAUCGGUUCGCCAUUCGCCCACGCCGGAUUAUCCGCCACCCACGGUCACGGAGGCGGAGCACACGAUCUUCAACUUCAUUCAGCCGGUGACGCUGCGCAAGAACAGCUUUCUGGAACCGGGGGAAACCCAGCGGACCACCACCACCUCUGUAAACUCCGACCAGGUGGAGGAGUACGUGGCCGACAACCCUUUUGCUGGACUGUUUAAGGGAUCCACUCUGAACUUGUCCGCUGAUGCGGUAGAUGGUAAGGUUUCCAUGCCCAUGGAUCGAGAGUUUCUCCGAUCGCCUAGCAUGGUGAGAUCGGCACACGCACAAAAUCACCGACGCAGCCUGUCCAGGCAGCGAUUCUCCGCAUUGGGAGAGGACUUCAGUGCCUCUCGAGUUUGGGCCGAGAUCGAUACGAUAUUUGAGAACAUCGGCAACGAAGUGUCCACAGUGGGGCAGAAAGAAGUCGAAGAGGGUUUAGAUGACCCAUCAAGCCGGUCCUUGGAGGACUCUAGGCAAUCGUUGCACAUUAGAGAUCCGGCGGAGCUGUUAUUGGGCAGAAAACAGAGCUCCGCCUCCAAUUGGUGCCACUCUCCAUACACACUGAUCCAUGGAGAAAUACGAUAUUCCCUGUUUUAUCUCGGCUCGACGGUAAUACGAAAGCUGCAAGGCACCCUGUCAACUCGGAAAUCUAUUCAGAAACUAAAGAUUGAUGAGAACAUGAAGUCGGCGGCGAGUGUAAGUGAUUUCAGUUUGCUGGAGAACUGCACCACGUCGACAAAGUAUCUGAAGGCUGCCAAUCUCCAGACGCGUCUCAAUGUGGACAUUGCAGUUUCCUGCAUCGGCGUUAAGUUUAUAGAUCACGAGAAAAAGACUGCCAUUUGUUGCCAUGAUAUUGAGAAUAUUAAUUGUGUUUGCCAGGAUUCGGAGGAUUUGCGCUACUUUGCAUACAUAACCAAAGAGCAGGAUCUGCACUAUUGCCACGUCUUUAUGGUGGAUAGCUUGGAGCUGGCCCAGGAAAUCAUUCUGACACUGGGACAGGCCUUUGAGGUUGCCUAUCAACUAGCUUUGAGCAGACAGGGAACGCCCCUGAACUAGGAGUGCUAAGCCAUGAAAGUGCCAAAAGUGUUUACUAUUUAUUUUAUUGCAUUUCACAUGUAAAUGUAUUUUUCAUUUGCUAGUCGUUGAUGCCAUCUCGAUGCUGGUUUUGCUACAAAUAAAGCAGCUCACAUGUUAA